UUAGGGUUUUUAAUGAGUUACAGUUGGUGACAGUGGAUCACACACAAACUAGAUUUAAACGAACAAAAAUCAGACAAUAAAUAUUUUUGUGACAAUUGACACAAUGAUGGAGUUUCAAGAGGCACAACUUGUCGAACAAACGAGGCAGGAAACGUUGGAGCACGGAGAAAACGAAAUGGCUCAGCAAGGGGAAAAGGAAAACGAACAACUUGAUGUUUCGUUGUCCCAAACGACUGAUAUGGACGAAGAUUUGAUGCAAAUGACCAAAACUUCCCAUUGUCAGCAAGUCUUGAUGAUGAAAUCGUUGGAGAUUGCCCAAAUUAAGGCUAUGACCGACAUUCAGAUGCAAGAACUCCAGUCAGACAUGGAAGAAUCAAUAUCCAAACACAGGAACCUAAGAUCCCAACUGAAGGAGACGAAGAUAAUGCGCAGCAACCACGCCAAAUCUCAGAUUGAGCACAACAACAUCAUAAAGGACUACACUGCACGUCUGGCCUCCAUCAAACCCAUCAUGUGCAGCUUGAAGGAGCUCGUCCACAACACGGACCGGGAGAACAGCAAGGAAAAGUCUGCUCUGGAUGACAACUGGAAGAAGUUCAAGCUGGCUGAGGAUAUGAAACAGUUGAAUGAACGCUUAAAAUCGGUUACCGAAAUGAAAAGGAAUAUUGUGGCCGAACAGACGGCCGCCUUAGACAACAAGCAAGCAAUUUUGGACGCCAAUAACGCCAAAAUAGUUGCCAUGGAGCCGCCCGUAGACAAAAUGAAAUCUAUAAUCCUAGACAUAAAGGCUGAAACUGAUGCUCAUCAAGUAGAUAAUGAGACCUUAAAGGAAGAGCGGGAAGGGUUGAUGCGGAGCCUCGAAGUUUUGAAGGAAGAGCUUAUGAAUUGGGAAGUGGUGGUGGAGGAGGAGGGUUUGGAUGACAAAACUGAGGAGCAAGUUUCUGAUGAACUUGAAGUGGCGUCUGCCACCUUAAAAGAAAUUCAAGAAAAGCACUUGGAAGACAGUUGUCUGCUCAAGUUUGAGGAGCGAACCGCGGCCGAAUUGGUCGCCAUGAAACUCGGCACGGAACAAGAUUGUGUGGAGCAUGAGAAACACCUGCUUGAACUAAAGGACAAUUUGCUAGCCAAACAAAAGUCCCACGACAAAGCAGACGCUGAACUUAAGGAGAAACUUGAACAAAUAACUAAGGACGUAUUGCAAAAGAGGGUACAAGUUAAUAGACAAAAAGAACAGAAAAAGGACCUAAAAAUGAAACUCUGUGCCUUAAAGGCAGAACAGGACACGCUAUGCGACCAAAGGUAUGCGCUUGUCCAAGAACUGCGCAGUUCGGAGGGGACAUUGGUUUCACUACAAAUUGAGAAGGUGGCUCAAGAAAGGGCCAUGAACGAGCUAAAAAAUGAUGUUGGAAAUCUUCUCAAGGAACGAGACAAACUAGAAACACUCAUAACAGAUCUGGAGAAUCAGAUCACAGCAAUUAAAGAAAGCGGGACCUCAACCGUUGAAAGUCUCCAGAAGGAGAUCGAGACUACAAAGUCAGAUCAGCUGAAUUCCUUGGAAAAAGUGUCCAAAGAUAUCGAAUACUGGUCCGCAACGUCCGGCUACUUGGACAACAAAGCCAAGCAGAUGCACGAGGAGCAUCUGAAGCUGCAAGAUGAAGUCAAACAAGCACAUGACAAAAUGAUCAAAUUACAAACCGUGCGUGAAAUCAACGAGGCUCGCAUCUUGCAGAUCAACACUGGGUUGAACAGAUUGGACCAGGGUGCCGGCAAAACUGCUGGGUCAAAGAGGGGCCCUUCCAGCACCUUUAGUGCCUCCGGGAAGAAGGUUAAGUUUACUGGAGUGGAGCUGUCGGACGAGUCCCUUAAGGAGCAGCUCUCGAAGGUAAAAACUAUGGAGACUCUCAUUGGGGAGGUCAAGGAGAAGGCUCCCUUGGACAACGUUUCAGAUACAACUCCUUACAAUUAAUAUUGUUUCAUACUGACCAUUGUUCUAGUUUAUUGUUAGGUGUUUAUUCAGUUAAUAUAGUUAUAAUGAAAAAUUUGAUUUAAUGUGAAGUGAGGUUAAGUCUCACACUAAAAAUUAAAUGUGUAAUGUCUUAGGAUACAUAUGUAACAAGUUGUUUAAUUAAAUAAUUUUCUUUA